AUGACUCGAACGCGAGACACGGGUACCAUUGUUACACGGUAAGCUUCAAAAGAACCGGUAAACCGUAUUACACUCUUGCAGUGCCCUAGUUCCUGUCUCACCGGGCAUCACUGACUUAAAUCAGUAGGAGUAUACAGCUCUCCUGUGUUGGUGGUUAAAUUACAUGUUCUUUACCUAAUUCUGAAUCUAAAUCACAUCAAACGGAUCUAGGGUUACAUUCGAUUAUCCUACUGAUACAAAGUGGACAAUCGAAAGAGCGUUUUUCGAUCACGAUCAGCUUUGCAGAAUUCAAUGUGUCUACUUUGUAUAUUAUUGCUGAUCGGGUUUUUUUUACAGAUCCUACGUUCUGUGGCUUAUUCGUUUGCGGUCCAACUCUGUUUAAAUGUCAAUUUAUUACUUAUUUUGGGGCUGUAGGUCUUUUAUAGAUCCGAUAUGCUGUUCAUUUUUGCAUGGUUUUGCCCAUGGAGACACGUGAUGUGGCGUGGUUCUGUUAGUGUUGGAGUUAAAUGUCAGGGCUCUAAAACAGAGUGAGCGGGUAAUUUUUAGCAGAGCUUCUCUGUUUGUUGCGCCGUAGCGUACCUGAUGAGCCACAAGAAUGGCGAAACAGCUGUCUACGCGGCUACGACCCCGCUCUGUUUUGUGUUCUUUCAGUGUCGUGUUGAUGUCUUGCAAAGUUGAUUUUCAUGUAGUACGAUCAGCUACAUGAAAAAAGAAGGGAUUUUUUGAAGGGGAUGAUCAAAUUGAGGGAUUUUCUAAGUGUUAUUACGGUCAAUCCGAAAGCGACCACUCCUAGGGCUUUCAAAAAUCUGUCUUUAGUUUUUGUUUUUGUUUUGUUUUGUUUUGUUUUUUUUCACACAGUAACCUUCCAAUCCUUAAUGCAAAAUCGUGGAAUAAUACUGUAAAUGUUCUUUUCGCAAAAGAUGUAUAAAGGACGGACCUUUUUGGCUUCUUUCAUUAGUAGGUUACAACUAGAAAACGAAUGAGUUAUCAGGCGAAUAAAAGAUCGACUUCAACUUCAUUCAAAAGAUAACGUAUGGAUAGGCCAACUCUGCAAAGUGUGCUUAGCCUCUUACUACACACAAAAAGACACUGAAAAAACCUUUUAGUAGUUCGCAUGGGAAAAUCUGUCAUCCAAAGAGCUGCGAAUAAAUGCCAAAUAAAAGAAAAACUAACAAUGAUUUUGUUGAUCAAGGGAACCACAAAACUCUGUAUUUACUUUUGGUGAAAAUAUUACAAAACUAGGUAAAUAUUUACAAUAAACCUAUGAUUGAAACUCUUGCUACAUGUUUGUGUAAACAGAUGUUAUUUUGCUACUUGACAAAUGAAAGUUUAAGACAUCAGAGACGCCAAGAAAAAGAUAAUUUUUUGUAUACUGCAGACCCAGGGGCCCCACUCACAUAUUUUAAUGACGGGGGGGUCCGACAGAGGUUCAUAUUUUAUAUCCAAAAAAAUCCCAACUUCAGAAUUUGUCUACCCAAAAAAAUCCCUACUUUUUUUAGCAUAUCCAAAAAAAUCCCUCAGUGUUUUUGCAUCAGCAAAUUUUAUUAUUUAUCUUCUGGAAAGCUAAAACAUGCCAACUUCAACUUUGGUUUUGGUCAAAAACAAAACUAUAAAUUGCGCUUAUGCUAUUGUUGAUUUGAACUUAUACUGCAGACUUCUUAGUUGGUUGUCAAAAAUCAGGAGAAAAGUUGAGAAUACAGUGAAAACACAAGCACAAUUUUAAAACGACGACAUUGAAAUUUGCCUUUGUCUUAUUAAUUCUGGAUCUGUAUCAUCUAUAUAAUUUUGCAAAGCCAGUUGAAUAAAUAAAUAAAUAAGUUUGGCUCGGCCUUAAUUCGAAUUAGGUUCGGCUCAUGAAAAGUUCGGCGUCUGAACCGGGCCUUAGCGACUUUUCCUAAAAAUUAUCUGAGAACAUUUUAAAGUCGUCGUGACGUGUGCGUCAACAUUGACGUUACCAUGGCAACCGAGUUUUGGCAACCACGUUUCUCAAAAUUUGCAUUUUUCUCACUAAAAUAGGUUUUAAUUCCAUUUUUACGAAUGGAAUUAUUGUAAUACUUAUAUGAAAUUAAAUUAAACUAAAUUAGCGCUAUUUUAUCAAAGUUAUUGACACUGUCGAUGAAAUCCAGGCUUUUUGGUGACUAGCUUAAGAAAUGAGUUAAUAUCACCAAAUAGCAGACGCGUUUUUAAUUUUUAACAGUGUUCAUUUCUCCCGUAACUGCAUAUUUCUCAGAUUUUUUUGCCUUGUAAGCAUUCUCUUAUUCUCAGAUCAAGUUUUCUUUUAAAGAUGGCGGAUGCUUCCAGUUCCUUUUUAGUAAUAAAAUGACGUCAUGAUGACAUUACUUCAGAUAUUGUUAAAAGUUAUUUAUUGUUAGCCAGCUUCUUGAUUUUAUCAAACAGGCCUUACCCGUUAAGUAUAUUUUUGCUUAAGUGUACUUGGAUUCUGUCGCUGUGGCAGGAGGCAAAAGAGCCGGGUCUGAAUAGGGUUAAACCUACUUCAGAACUUAUUUAAAUGUUACUUUGCUCUUGAAACAUACAGAGACGAUGCUACUACAACAGCCACUGUCAAACAGGCCAAUUCUGUUACUACGGGCGGUGCUGCCAGUAUAGUUACCCAUCUGGUUACUGCAGAUCGCAGAGCGGCUGUAAAUCAUAUCAGUGCUGUUCAAAACAAAACUCGCAGCAGGCUUACGGCAUCUGCAGGAAUCUCAAGAAACCGGGAGAGUUUUGCCCUUUAA